CAGUGUAUAUUCCAAUUGCACAACAACGGUCACUCUAUUUCAAAAUUCAAAACAAGCUAUUGGCGUCGUCUGUCUGGAUUUUGUGAAUGGAAUAACUAGAUCAGAAGAAGCAAAUGGGAUCUAAAGUGGAGCAGCAGUACAAGCUGCUGAAUGCGGAGCUAAUGGACCAGGUGCAGAAGCAGCGCUUGGAGAUCGGCGAGUACAGGAAGCGGGUGAUAUCGUUGGAGCGCGAGAUCAUGGACAUUCGGGAGGAGCACGUCCUGCAAAACCAUCGCCAGCGCAUGGAGAACAUCAGUAUCGUACGCAGCCUGAUGCUGAGCCUGAACGUGGACUCUGAUUCCCUGGCGGUGCGUCAAGAGCCCGCUCAGGCAGCUCAGAUAAACAGACCAAGCGGCCCGCGUCGCAGCUCCAGGGAAAUCUGCAAGGACAUGCGACGGACGUGUGUGUUGGCCCGCACCACCAGACCCAUCUCGCCAAGAAGAUCUUCCUCAGUGACCAGUACGGUUUCGUCCUCUAGUCGCCGCUCCAGCGCAGAAGUGCAGUCCGAGGUGGUGGCCACUAGGAUGCCAGAGGAUAGGAGAGCCGACAAGCCUACACCACCGCCACGAAGACCAGCGGAAUUAGUGUUUGAUGAGGACGACUCGGACGAUGAUUUCGACGAAGCCGUAAGCCCCGUGGAGGAGACACAGACUGAGCAAAAUGAGGAGAACAAUCGUCUGUUUAGCAUUAUAGAGGAAAAUGGCAGUGAAGGGGAGUCCGCAGACUCGUCAUCAUCAUGCGAAGCCAUCUACUGCGACACAACGGUUGAAAGUAGUCCGCCAAACGCCCAAGUCACCGUCACGCCCAGUGGUCGGGCUCUCCGGGAAGUGGAUACCAAUGUCCCAGUAGCAGUGUCCCUCAGUCGGGGAAAAGAGUCCGCGAAGGGAUCAUGGUUGGCAAUUUCCGUCGCUGUGGAAGAUUCUCCACAGGAGCCAAGCAUACAGUGCCCGCGACUGGCAGUCACCAGGCCUAGUCAAUCGUCUGGAAUCUUUCCUGAUGUCAACGGUCUAACGCCGCGAAGAAGCCUGUUCAACGGUAUAGGCAAAUUGGCCGGGAGCACCAGCACUCCGAAAUCCUUUCUCGUCGAGGAAAUGCCAUCUAUGAGAACUAGAAGCCGAACUACCGCUAAUAAGAAAUCAGAAAAUACGGAUAUGUCCAGUUCCUUUUGCAACAACAGCGCAAGGCCGAGUAGAAGCUGCAGGCCCACCAGUUUGGUGGAGCCAAGUCUGAAGAACAAGAUGCGCAAUGGCUCGAAAGGCAAGGCCAAGGCCAAAAAGUAGAUUGACGGAUAUUUUAAUAGGUUUUAAUUUUGUUUCUGUAAUUUCAUCGGUUUUCAAUUACCAUUUUUACCAUUUAAUAUAGGCAUAAUGUUUUUAGAUCGCCAGGCCCUGAUAAGUUUAAUUUAUAGACUAAAAGCUGACUUCGGAUUACUUUUUGCCUGCAAACGAGGGCAUACUCAGUUCAUGCAGCUAUCGGAAGGAAGACAAUCCAUCAUCAUCAUCACCCAAAGAUGCCAAUAGGAAUUUAAAAGUACGUCUAAUUCUUACAUGUUCAUUUGUGAAUAAAACAACGUUUCAAUUGA